AUGACUACUGCGCGUUAUGGUACAGUGUACUGGGAUGGGCACAUAGUUAAUAUUGAUAUUGGAUAUGAUUAUGUUGGUGGACAGUCUAGAAUGUUUCAUAUCGAAAAGAAAUUGAAUUAUGAAGAAUUAGUGAUUAAAAUUGUUUGUGCCAUUAAAUUGUCAACGCACGAAGAUAUGAUAACAAGGAUUAUUUUUAGACAACCGAUGUUGGAUAAUGGUAUUAUUAAAUAUGGAUUAGCACAACUAAGUGAUGACGAAGAUGUGGACAUGAUGUUUGACUACAUAUCGACAAUCAAGCUAGUAGAUUCAAUUGUAUUAUAUGUAGACAUUUUAUCUCGUCAUCAUAGAAUAAAAGAUGGAGGUAUUGGGCCUUCAACUAGUUGUCCAAUCGUUAUGGAGGGUGAAGGUGAAGACAAUCUCCGAAAUGAUAAUUAUCCGGUUGUAAGGAUAGAAACGUGUCAUGAAUUACAACAUAGUGCAGAGGAUGUUGGCCAGGGUGAUAACGAUGAUGAUACUGAUUUUCUUGAUGAUUUAGAUACAAUGGAGAUGAUCCUUGGAUUGACGAGGAAGACGACAUUUCAGGUGUUCAAUUUAAUGAUGGAGAUGAUCAUGAUAUCUCGAGAGGCUGUCAUCGCUGCUACUAAAGAGUAUCAUAUGUUGCAACAUCAUCAAUUUUGUUAUGAUGAAACUAAGAGUAGGACUUAUUCGAUCAAGUGUAAGGACAAAUUAUCUGGUUGUCAAUGGCACCUUCGUGCAUCCCGUAAAGAAAAUGCUGAUGUUUGGAAGAUAACAAGAUAUCACGGUCCGCACACAUGUAGAAACGCAGGUGUUAGUAAAGAUCAUGGUCACCUUGAUUCUAGAUUUAUUUAUGCAUUUAUCUUACCCAUGAUUGAACAACAGCCAGAUAUGAAAGUUGCCACUCUUCAAGCUGAGAUCAAAGAUAAGAUUGGAUAUGAACCUUCCUAUAAGAAAACAUGGAUGGGAAAACAAUUUGCAAUUGAAAAGAUUUUUGGUGGAUGGGAGGAAUCAUAUGGGAGAUUGCGUAAGUUCAUGCAUGCUAUUGUGAAUUACAAUCUCGAUACAGUUGUCACAAUUGAGGAUGAUCCACACUGGAUUGAAGGUCGUUUGGAUGGAAAUGUUAGAGUGUUUGAUAGAAUGUUUUGGGCAUUUCAACAAUCAAUUGAAGGAUUCAAGUUUUGUAGGCCAGUCAUAUUUGUUGACGGAACUUUUUUAUAUGGAAAAUAUAGCGGCUGUAUUCUUUGUGCAACCGGGCUUGAUGGAAAUAAUAUUAUUUUUCCAAUAGCAUUUGCAUUAGUUGAUAAAGAGGACAGUGACAACUGGGGGUGGUUCAUGGAUUGUCUUCGAUUAUAUGUUACUGACAGAGAAGAAUUAUGUGUCAUAUCUGACAGACACAUUGGGAUUAAAAAGGCAAUGCAAAAGGAUUGGUGGCAGCCCCCAUCAGCCAACCAUUGA